AUGAUCCAUUAGUGGUCUCAUUUGUAUAUACUAUCUCGCAAGAAAUUGUUUAUCAUUUAAAUAAUGUCGCAUCAAUUGCCAUCAUCAAGCAUUCUUCAACCCUAGAUCCUAAUCGUUCUGUACAAUCACAAGUUCAAUUCAUAAAUUUACCUGGCCAAGCAAGCAAUGAAUCCGGUUCUAUUAACGUGAGCCCAUAUGAAGCUCUUCACUCUUAUAUCCAUUAUGCAGUUGCGCCGUACUUCGAUGCUUAUGUUAAUGCUAAAGGUGUUAACUCUGAAGGGGGUGUUGGGAUCAAUAAAAAACACGAUGAUAAUAAAAUGGGCAUCCCAAUGACGAAAAAGAAGAUCUCCGAGUUGGAGUUAGCUCUUGUUCAUUUGCAACAAAAUGUUGAAAUUCCUGAAAUAUCUCUUAAUAUUAAUCCGGUCGUUACAAAGGCCGUUGAAAGGGCUAAACAAGAAGGCAGAAGGAUCAGCGUUGACUUUAUUGAACAAGCUUUACUUACUAAUACUGACUUUUUGAAUAAGCUUCAAGGGGGUGUAAACAGUUGGAUCAAAGAGAUCCAAAAAGUAACAAAACUAUCACGUGAUCCAGCAAGUGGCACAGCUAUGCAAGAGAUAAAUUUCUGGUUGGGUAUGGAAACUGCACUUGAGGAAGUUGAUGUCCAGCUUAAAAGCGAUCAGAUCGUUUUGACAUUGGACAUUCUCAGACAUGCCAAACGUUUCCAUGCUACUGUGUCUUUUAUUGCUGAUACUGGAUUAAAAGAAGCAAAGGAGAAAGUUCACAAAUAUAAUCAAUUAAUGAAAGACUUUCCUCUUGGUGAAUUGUUAUCCGCUCCUAAUGUCGAAAAGAUUAAAGAGGCAUUAAAUAUUGUUUUCGCGCAUUUCACUAAGAAAAUGAGAUUAUCUCCAUAUCCAAUCAAGAAAGCACUUGCUCUUGUAGAGGCCAUCUCUCGUGAUUUAAAUGACGUAUUACUAAAGGUUUUAGGUAGUCGUCGUUUGAUGUACAUGGAAUAUGAUGAGUUUGAAAAAGUUAUGUCGGGUGCUGAGGAAGUUUUUAAAACCUGGGAUGAGAUGAUUAAAGAAUUCACGAAUGUAGCACGUGAUGUUAUGCGUAAACGCUCUGACAAAUUUAUUCCAAUCAAAAUAAGCCCUGCACAUGAUAAAUUGCAAGAGCGUGUUGCAUUCGUUAGAAAUUUUAGGAAACAACACGAGCAACUUCAUCAGACAAUUGCUAAAGUCAUGACUCAACCAAAGAGUACCACAAAAAUUGUUGUCGAAGGCGAAAAUAAUGUAGCUCCACAAGAAGGUGUUGGCAUGAACGAUAUCAAUUCUAUGGAAGAAGUAAAAGUGGCAUAUGAAAGUGUCAAGGAUAUUGAUGUGUUAGAUGUUUCGAUUGAAGGCACAGAAAUCUGGAUGCAAGCUGAAAAUGCAUAUAACGAACGUGUUUCAAGAGUAGAAAAUCAAAUUAUUGCAAGUCUACGAGAUCGACUUGGUACAUGUAAAAAUGCUAAUGAAAUGUUUCGUGUAUUUCAAAAAUUCAAUGCUUUGUUCGUUAGACCGAAGAUUCGUGGUGCUAUUCAAGAAUAUCAAAAUGAACUUAUUGACAGAGUUAAAAAAGAUAUAUCUAAACUUCAUGAGAAGUUCACUCAACAAUAUCGUAAAUCUGAAGCGAAUCACAUGGCUCAGCUUCGUGAUCUUCCUGCUAUCUCUGGUGCAAUGAUUUGGGCUCGUCAAAUUGAGAGACAAUUACAAACCUAUAUGAAACGUGUUGAGGAUGUUCUUGGUAAAGGUUGGGAGAUGUAUGCAGACGGUCAAAAAUUACAAAGUGAAAGCAAUAACUUUAAAAAGAAAUUAGAUACGAGACCGAUUUUUGAAGCCUGGCAGAAGGACAUUACACAACGUGGCGAUUUGAAUGUGACCGGAAGAUUAUUUGAAAUUACAAAAAAUCGAGCUCAAGGAAAUAUUCUUCAAUUAGGCGUAAAUUUUGAUCCACAAAUAAUUACCUUAUUUAAGGAGGUGCGUAAUUUAUUAUGGCUAGGUUAUCAAGUUCCACACAAUAUAAGCACGAGCGCAAAAGUUGCCAAGCGUGUAUAUCCUUUCGCUGUGAGUCUUAUGGAAACAGUUAGGACAUAUGCACAAACAGUGCAAAAAGUUCAGAAACAUCCUGAGGUCAUAAUGUUGGUUGCCAGCUAUCGUAACGGUGUACAAGUCAUGAUCGCUAAAGGUAUCACUUUUGAGUGGAAAUAUUUUGUGGACACUUAUGAUCGUAAUUUCCGUGGUGCAAUGGAUUCUCCUGAGAAUCAACAUAUUACUUUUGUACGAGAAUUUGCAAAUACUGUUUCAGAAUUUCAAGAUAAAGUUGAUGCCUUGAUUACUAAUUAUGAAGAUAUAUCGCGUUUAAUUGAAGACUUAAAAACUUGUGCAUAUCAGUUGAAAAAAUUCAAGUCCAACUUGGAAAAAAUUCAAAAAUUGAUUGACCGUCUUAAUCUUGAAUCUUAUUCUAAUCUUGACGCUUGGGUUGCGCAACUUGACAAACGGAUUGAAACCGUCUUGUCUCAACGAUUACAACGUUCAAUAGCUUCAUGGACAACUGAAUUCAUUUCAUCCAGUGACGAAUCUACUGUUAUAGAGGCAAUUUCUCAUGAAACCUCAACUAGUAAAGGUACAAAGAGUGUCCGACGUAGAACUAUUAGAAAUGAUUCUUUUGAUGGUGGAAGACCGACAAUUGCAAAAGCUGAAAAACCUGUGCUUCAGCAAUCUGUUCACAUAGUGCGUAUUAGAAAUCAAGUAAUUUAUUUGGAUCCGCCAAUUGAAGAUGCCAGAACUCAAUGGUAUAACCAAUUACACGAAUGGCUUUCGGUUGUAUGCAAUUUACCAAGAAUUCAAGGUUCACGUUAUGAUAUUGAUCUACAAGUUAGAGGAUCCACCGUUUCUCGAGAAACCACAUAUUCCAAUUUAUUGGCGCAAAUUCCUGAUGGCUCACUAGAAAAAGCAUAUGAAGUCAUUGAAACCAAAUUGAAAGAAGUAUCUGAAUAUGUUAACAAAUGGUUUCAGUUUCAAUCAUUAUGGGAUCUUGAACCUAAUUAUAUUUAUGAUCGACUUGGUGAUGAUCUUAAUAAAUGGAAACAAAUUCUUUCGGAGAUAAAGAAAUCACGCACUACGUUUGAUAAUUCAGAGGUCGAAAAAUCCUUUGGCUUUAUAGUAGUUAAUUACGAACAGGCACAAAGCAAAGUAAAUGCCAAGUAUGAUCAAUGGCAACGUGAUGUUCUUGCUAAAUUUGGUAUUAAACUUGGUGAUUCCAUGAAAGAAUUUCAUUCAGCAGUUUCAAAUUCUCGCAAAGAACUUGAAAAUAAAUCUAUGGAAAGUAAUAAUACAAGUGAAGCUGUUGCUUUGAUUACUUUCGUACAAGACCUCAAACGUAAGGUUAAUAAAUGGAGCCAAGAUGUUGAGAUAUUCCGUGAAGGACAAAAAACUUUAGAGCGACAACGGUAUCAAUUUCCAAGUGAAUGGCUAUAUAUUGAACAGGCUGAAGGUGAAUGGAGUGCCUUUAACGAAAUCUUAGAGAAAAAGAAUAAUCAGAUUCAAGAUCAAAUUGAUGGAUUAAAAUUGAAGAUUGUUGCCGAGGAUAAAAAUGUUGAAGAAAAAAUUAAGACGAUUAUUUCUGAAUGGGACACGAACAAGCCAAUACAAGGAGAUAUUAAACCGGACAUUGCAACAAAUACACUCACUAUUUACGAAAGAAAAGUUACUCGUCUUAAGGAAGAAUAUGACAUGGUUUGUCGUGCAAAAGAGGCACUUGACAUGGCCUUUACUAAUGAGGAUCGUUUAGAUAACGUUCUUGAAGAACUUAAAGAUCUCAAUUCUGUCUGGAAAUCUCUUUCAAGUGUUUGGAAAUCAAUUAAUGAAUUAAAAGAAUCCUUAUGGUCUACUAUAGUCCCACGAAAAAUUCGUCAACAAUUGGAUAAUCUUCUUAAUGAUAUUAAAAAGAUGCCAGGUCGUAUGCAUUCAUAUAAACCAUUUGAAUACGUUCAAGAAACUGUGAAAUCCUACCUUAAAUUGAACCCAAUUCUUUCUGAGCUCAAAUCUGAAGCACUGAAAGAGCGUCAUUGGAGACAACUAUUCAAGGCCCUUAAACUCGAUGGCCGUUUCCUUUUAAGCGAAAUGACAGUUGGUCAUGUUUGGGAUUUCGAUCUUAAAAAAAAUGAGCAA